AUGGCGAUUUUUCUUAUGAAACACUUGUCCGAGAUUUUGAUUAAUAUUGGUGCGUCAGGUCUUAGAGGAAUAGAAUAUUUAAUUGAACAUCAAACCGAAUUUUUGCAUCAAAAUCCAACUGGUAUUCUUGAAACUAUUUAUCAAUAUGAAACAUUUACGGAUUUAUGGAAUUUUUGUCUUGAAAAAAUUUGUGAAGAACCUAAAAUUUUAUUUAAUUCAGAUAAAUUUACUGAUUUAAAGGCUCCAUUAUUGGAAAUGUUGAUUAAACGAGAUAAUUUAAAUAUGGAGGAAAUUGAGAUUUGGGAAGGUUUAUUGAAAUGGUGUUUUGCUCAGCAAAAUAUGUUAAAUGAUCCUACCAAAUGGAGUAAAGAUGAUGCUAUAAAAAUUGAGAGAUCAUUACACAGAUUUAUUCCUUUAAUUAGAUUCUAUGAUAUUAACCCUGCAGAUUUCUUUUAUAAAGUUUAUUGUUAUAAAGAAAUAUUGCCUCAAGAUUUAAUUCAUAAUCUUUUAGAAUUUCAUAUAGUCCCUAAUAUAAAACCUAAAACUAAUGUAGCACCUUCAAGAAAGCCAAACUUAAAAUUUAAACUUGAUUCAACCUUAAUUGAAUCAAAUCAUAUCCCACUGUUUGCUUCAUGGAUUGAUAGAAAAGAUUUUUAUAAAAAAAAUGAUAUUCCUUAUGGAUUUAAGUUAAUAUAUUGUUCAAGUAGAGAUGGAUUUGAUGCUGCAUCAUUUCAUAGAAAUUGUGACAAUAAAGGAGCUACAAUUUGGAUAGCAAAAAUUCAAGGUACAACACAAUUAAUUGGAGGAUAUAAUCCACUUGAUUGGGAUGGAAAUGGUGUUUGGAAAAACACUACAGAUAGUUUUCUGUUUAAUAAUAUUAUAGAUGGAAAAAGUAUUUCUACUGCAAAACUAAGUUAUGUUAAUGACAACAAUGCAAGUUGUGCUAUUUAUUGCGAGAGUAAUCAAGGACCACACAUGGGCAAUUUCUAUUGUAACGGUACCGACAACUGGACAUUUUAUCAUUCUGAUAUUAGUGAUGCUAAUUUUGCUUAUCCUAAAAUAGGAAUUCCAGAAAGUUUUAAGGUGGAAAAAUAUGAAGUAUUUCAAGUAAUUAAAAAAUAA